CUCGCUGCCCGUCUCUUCACCUCCCAAUCGUCACCGCAGCCCAUUGAGCAUAGAGACAAAACCCUCGAGACGUCGACGACGGACGGCGUUGGACGUCGUCACCCACCCCCCGGCAGCCAUGCUCUUUGGCAACCUCUACAAGUCCUCCAAGAGGCGCCAGCUCCACCAGCAGCCCGCCGGCUCUGAUCUCGACUAUGGCGACCCGGACCUCAUUAGCAAGGACAAGCUCAAGCAGAAGAAUGCCGUCCGCCGCUACCUCGACAACACCAUCCGCACCGACUGGCACUUUUCCUGGCCCGACCCUACCGCUCCGUCACCGCUCCAGAAAAUCAUCACUCAGCCCAGCACAACCCCCCCGCCAGAUACCGUCCAGGCGCCCGUUCAAGACGCCCAAUCCGCAAGCAUUGAGAAACAGGCAGGAGCAGACGAUCUUGUCGCGCAGCCUGUCGACGUCGACGUCGAGGCCGGCGAGGCGAGCAGCGACGACGACGACGAUGCCGUCUCCACAUACAGCACAAUGUCCGAGGACAACGACCACUACCGGCGACGAGUAGAUUGGACCUCGGACUUUUCCGACGACGAUGAGCCAAUAUCUCCCGCGGCGUACCGCUUCGACAGUCCUGAUGCGGUAGGCGCCACGGUCCUCGCGAAUGAGCUGUCCAGGGCGGCGCAACGCAGAAAGGCCCAUCGCGAGGAAAUGGAGUGGAACUAUGGUCUGGCCUGGUUCAGUGCGCGCAGAGACGCCUGGACAGAAGCGAGGACCGUCAGAGUACGGCCCAAGCCUGCGCCCGCCACCCCCGCCUCUCAGUCGUCUCGACGGCAUUCACUCUGGAGGUUUACCAGCCCCACGACGCCGCUCUCGCCCGUCGACAACCAGGCGCUAGCCUCUCCGAAAAGCUUGAGCCGCACGGGAACGCGUACCUCCGCGGAGAACAGUGCAAUAUCAAGCUCGGACAGCGACUCCAAGGGUGAGACAGGGCCCAAGUCCAGCGAGGACUCUUCCAAUUUCCCCGUGGAAACUCUUCUCCCAAUAGCACGACCCCUCCUGCCAGUAGCAAACCCCAUGCGAGCAUCGAUAACGCCAGCGAGCUACCCAUCCAUCUACGACAAAAUUGUCGUCCAUUCCAUGACCCCCGCGUGCCCAAUCAACCUGAAUGAUGUGAUCAAGUCUUGCGUUGUCGGCUGGAAGCGGGAUGGGGAAUGGCCACCCCGAGCCAUGGACCCGCCUGCCCUGGUAGCAGUACGGCGCAAGCGCAAGGACAGCAGCGGAACGAACGCAGGCAAGCCCAAUACUGGGCGCAGACUCAGUCUCGGGGGUUUUCUGGGCCGGCGCGAGAGUGCCGGAGCCCAUGCUGAGCAGCAGCAAGGCGCCAUGGACGCCACCAGUCCUGCGCAGGACGAUGAAGCUGCCACCAAGGGAAUCAGGAAGAGUUUACAGCGGGCCCUUGGGUUCGGCCACGAGAGGAACGGCAGUGCCGUGAGCAACAACGGGCCGGUCUUGGGAUGAUGUGAGAGAGGUUAUUUUGGCCACGGCAGCCACGUCUUGAGCACCAUCUGAAACCAUCUCCGCGCGAUUUAAUCGGCACUUUAACAUUCACGUCACACC